AUGGACCGGAAAAAUGUCGCAAAACUUUCAACAACGGGAAGCACUAGAAGAAAAUCUUCCUUCAAAUCGUUUGCUCCAAGUGAACCAAAAGAAACCCAACCGGAUCGUAGCGGUGGCAAGGUGGAACGGAACGCCAGCGGCAUCCCUAUCCAGCAAAACACCCUGCACUAUGCAGCCAACUUUGCCUCGGUGCAUCGUCCCCGGCAGAUAAGCAGCAUAGCGGCGAUCAAAAGAACGGCCGGCCCGAAUGUGGCGAAUGUGGAUGGUUGGGAUGCGGCGACGGUCGUCUUUGGCGUGGACCCGGACGGCCAGCAACCGGGUCAGAACGCUUACCCACACCACAAGCGACACCCGAAGUACGGCACCAGCAAAGCCGUACCGAUGCCACAGCGCCCGGAAGCGCACGGGAAUAAUGGUCCGAUAGGCCGAUCGAAUGCCAAAGUAGCUCUGACGUACACGGACCAACCGGCCGGCCGAAAUCUGCACCCGGCCGGUACCGGUGUCGGCGGCGAAAACAAUGGCAGAAUAUUUAAUCAACCGGCGCUUCCGCUGCCGGUGCAGAUUCCGAAUCCUUACGCGUAUACGUCGUCACCUGCGGUGCCUUCGGUGACGGCACCAAAUUAUGGAGCCCAGCAGUUGGCGCACAGACCGGCACAUCAGCUACCGGUAGCACAAAAGACUGAUUAUCUGCAGCCGUCGUCGUCUGGUGGCAUCAGACAGGGCGUAAAUCAAAAGUCCUCAAGCUCGACAGCCUUGCCGGCCGGGGUCGGAGAUGGCUGUCGACGGUUUGCUGCUCAGCCGGCCAGUUUCGGGACUGGUAGUCGUUUCACGAAACAGCAAUCAACCAUGGCUCCGGCCCAAAGCGGCGCUGCUGCUGGGAAGCUAACAUCGAAACUGCUGAAUGACAUCUACGAAAAACACUUGUUGAGCCAAACUACCUUCGAGGUGGGCACGAACGGGCUAACCAGUUCGUCCGCAGCGGUGAAAGCACCCAACAACCUGGCACCUGGCAAACACAACUCCUCUUCGGAAGUGACUCGAACGCUAACGAAGAGUGACACUCGGUUGCGUGCCACGUCGAAAGCGGCGGGAAAGGAAGGCCCAUCCGUGGCGCCGUACGAUGCAACCCUUCGAGGUGCGGAAACGGAUGAACAUAAUUUGUACGAGUCCGUGCGCAGCAAUUAUCACAUAUACGAAAAGAUUGACUCGCGAAGAUCUUCCCUCGGCGGCACUGUCACGCCACCGGUAGCGUCGUCGGCCUCGUCUGCGGCUUCCUCGCUAGAGCAGUACGUACGCCCGGUGGCUCCACAUCUAGCACCACCACCACUGCAUCCUCGACCCAAGUCGCAUCCAUCCGGGGGGUUAGAACUCGAAUCGAAUGUCACGCCACCCUCGACCGCCGUCCGUCAGAUCAAUCUGAAUGAACUGCAAAAAUCGAUACAGUUUAAACUAGCGCCGAACAGUUGCGGGGGUUCGAACGUUCUUUCGCCGAUCCAGGAACGUCCCCCAUUACCACCGGCGAUCGGUAGCAGGACCCUGCUAUCACCACAGAGAAGCUCAUCGACGCGUUCUGAACGGGUCAAUAUUGCACUGGAAACGGCCAAAGCGAUUGCAACAGCAGCGUACAUCGAAAGAGCUGCACAACGAUUGGCUUCCGGCGGUAGCGAAAUUGCACCGGUAACGAAAAACGGCACCACGGAAAUGAGUGCGAACGGUGGUUUCUGUGGAGCGAUCCAGCGGGCACCGCCACCGAUACCGGCCGGUUUGGCCCGUCGGAUGGCGAACCGGGAAAAUAUCGGCCUAGGCAAGGUCAAAGUCAUGCUCCGAGUGUCCGAUGACCCACCGAGGCAAGCGUCUACCGGCGAACAGCAGGACCAGCCGGCGCCUGGAUCCACUACGGGCACGUCAGCACCCACCUACCUGACCGUGGACAAAAAGAAGCGUCAGGUGACGCUCACCGAGACGCAAAGCAACGCAACGAUGGCUCCAUCCGAGCGUGGACCGAUGGUGUCCGCACCGAAAAUGUUUGCAUUCGAUGCAUUAUUUACGACCGAGGACACGCAGCAAGACAUCUGCGGGACGGCACUGUCAGAGGUGAUACCGGCCGUACUGGAAGGAUCAGACGGAUGUCUUCUAUCGCUAGGAUACCCGGGUGCAGGUCAAUCACGCACCAUGUUCGGCACGGUGACGUCUCCCCCGGGAGAUCUCGGCGCGAUACCGUGCGCCAUCUCGUGGCUGUACAAGGGUAUUAAUGAGAAACGUCAAAAAUCGGGCGCCCGCUUUUCCGUGCGUGUCAGUGCACUCGGCGUGAACGCCACGAAACCGGGCUCAUCCUCGCGGGAUCUGCUAGCCGGACAUGCGACAGAAUCGGAUGACUCCCCCGGGAUGUAUUUGAGGGGCGAUUUUCUUGGCCGACCGACGGAAUUGCGGGCGCCCACAGCGGAACGGGCGGCACUCUUUCUCGAUCUGGCCCUAUCGGGACGAUCGCAGUGCAAUUUCGAGCCGGCCUUAAUCUACACGCUGCACGUCUACCAGUACAGCUUAUCGGGAAAGCGAGGCGUGGAAGGAGGAAGAAGCCGUCUGCAUCUAAUCGAUCUCGGUGGCUGUGCGAACCGCAACGGAGGUCUACCACUGUCCGGAAUCGGAAACGUUCUCUUGGCAAUACUGAGUGGCCAAAAGCAUCCCCCAAACAGGGACCAUCCGCUGACACCUAUACUACGAGACUGCCUUGCACCGAUCACCUGCCAUGUGGCUGUGGUGGCCCAUGUAGCUCACACACAGACACAUACGGACACGCUCACGACCAUUCAGCUUGCCUCACGCAUCCAUCGGAUGCGACGAAGACUACGGCCACGGAACCACCUGCUAGGAGACAAAGGACUGAACAGUGGAUCCACCGGACAUCAGUCGGGUGGAUCGUCCGAGGGACCGGAUCCUUCCAGCUCGGACUUUUCGCAGGACACCGUCAUCUACAUGGGACCGUGCGACGAUCCAACGGACGGGGAGCAUCCUCCCGUGUAUCUUCCCAGCCUCAACUCGGGCGACAAUCGGUGCGCCAUGAACAAGGCACUCAAGGGUUCGGUGGCGGAAAAGGGACCCUGUACGGCGACACCUUCACCGAAGAAGAAAGCGUCUGCGGCAAAUGCUUCCAAAGCUCAAACAACGAGUGCUCCCGUCGCGAGUAACGCUGCCACCGUAGUUCCUGGACGUACCGAUAGUCUUAAGCGCAACCAGCACCCGUACGCUCACCAGCAGGUUCCAGGCGCGGACCUCGUCUCGAACGCCAUUCAAAUAGCGUCCCAGCAUGCCUCGCCCAAAGUGAUAGCGGGAGCCUUUAAGCAUGUGUCUGGCGUCAGUAAAGGCUCCAACAUCCCAACGCCAAAGGGUUCGCCCAUGAGACGUCCGAAUGCGGGUCCGCCGGUCACUACCGUCGGUACGUCGGCCAACCAUGGGCCAGCUCGCGAAAGCCCAUCGCGACAAAUCAGCGAAGAGAAGUGGAUCGAUGGUCCGCGAGUGUCCAAAUCGAAGGUGCACGAAGCGCGCCAUCUGCUGCGGGAGAUCAAUCACGUCAAGAAGUGUGAAACGUGGGUCGAUGGUCCCCGGACACAGGGCGCACAACCGCAUGCGACUCACUCGCAGCUACCUUCGGCGGCGGCGGCUGCGGCCGCAGCUGCCAACAUUGCCGGUGGGUAUGGGUUUAUGGAUACGCACAAGAAGAACAUGAUCCGCCAGUGGGUCGAAAACCAAUCCAUCCAGCUGCUGCAGCAGUCCAUGUCGGCCAACAACUCACCGAUGCACACAAAACACCACACCACCUACAGUCUGCCAAAGUUUAAACCGAGCCGAUCGGAUGAGGAUGGGUUCCUGACGCUCGAGCUCGAUCGCGGUGCCGGUGAUGAGCUGGUGAAUCCGAUCGCAAUGCGAGGUUUCACCGCGGCCACUACCAUCGCUGCCAACAGCUCCGAAAGUCACGUGCGCACAGGACUGAAGCAGGGCUACAGUCUGGAUGCGGAACAGAUGUCAGUGCCAACGUUGUCCAACACAGCCACCCAACCCGCGUUUCAUCACCACCCGCAGCAGAGUCAACCGCUGUACGCUUCCGUCACUGCUGCGUCUAAGAUGUCGAAUGUAGCGAGUUCGCUUCACGACAACCACUCGGAACGAUCGCGGACAACGUCGCAAGCGAGUGACAGGGCGUCGCACACGCAGCAGCAGCAGCAGCAAACGGAUGGGACCACCCAGGAGGAAGAGGACCAAGACAGUGGACCGUCGGAGGUUCCUCCAGCCUUACCGCUGAUGGAUCCGCUAGGUUCGCGGGAAAUCUCACACGAAAGCAUCCACAUGCUGUGUUCCAGGCAUGCCUCCAGAGAUGACGCGAUGAGUGUGCACAGUCACAACAGCCACAACAUCGGCAUGAUGGACUGUGGGCUGCAGGUGACGGAGGACGAAAUUGCCAAGGCAAUGCAUGGAGAACAUCCGCUCAGCGCCUUGAGUCAUGGAGAGCUGUCCAUCGUUUCGAGCUUCAAUGUUGGUGGAGAUGUCUUUAGUGAUUGUGUUAUCGGCGAUAACAUGAGGAGCCAAUUCGACCAACUUGCGCGACUACGCGAAAUCUUCACCUCCCAGCUAGCGAUGGCUGAGGUGACUCCUUCCUUCCGGCUUGGCGAUACCAACAGCGUGUACAGUGAGCCUGCCUACCGGUUCAAUGCUGGUCCGGGGAGUGUCUGCAGCGAACCGGCCUACCGUCCACCGAGUCCACGCUGCCGUGACUGCCGGCAGUCGAUGACCAUGUCCCGCACACCAAGCCAAAGCUCGCUGCCGAGUCUGACGGGGAUCGUGGCGAUUGCGGGCAUGGAGCAGUACGCUUCGCUACGCCAUCCGGACGGUGCUUCCGACCCAAACUUACCAAAGUUGGAGAAAAGUACGGACGAUCUGCUGAUGGAAUCGGAAGAACCCCACACGCACAUCCGCGAGAACCCUCUCGCCGAGCUGCUGUGCCAGAGUGAGGACGAUGAUGGUCAGCUCAAGGGACCAACUUCGAGCCUUCUCCCUCCACAGAAUCUUCCCACCCUUCCGCUGCUACCUCUCUCUACGCCGGAAGCGUACGACAGUGGCCAUGACUCGACACCCCGUACGUCCAAGCAUUCAGGCAUCUCGAGACGUGCCGAAAGUGGGUACCACAGCGUGGGCACUGUACGUGACAGCGAUGAGUCGAGCUUCGGAUCGGCGGCAUCCAGGGCGCACCAGAAGUCGGCCGGUGGGGCUAGCGGGAAGAAGCGCAACCGGGCGGACAACAAAUCGCUCUGCCACUGGUUACGGAACCCGUUCAACUGCACGUACCCGGACACGGAGGGGGAAAUCAGUGACUUCUAGAACGCGACGGCUUCGCUGAACGUUCGAUGUGCUUUAGCUAAUUUUAUCCGUUUUAUCGCCGUGACGCCGCGCAUGGCUGCUAUCGGUGUCGUCGGGUUUGUUUUUGAUGUGUAUUUGUGAAGCCUGCAUUCAGAAUCGCCUAACUGCUGACAAUAAGAGGAAGUUACUUAAAAUCGAUCGCUUCAUCAUGCAACGCUGAACGGAACGUGCGUCCAAGAACUGGGUUGGUUUCGAACGCACAGACCCUGCUGGUGCUUCAUAUUGGGUACAAUGAGCCUAUUGCUGUCUAUUGGGGUUAUUUAACUAUUUAAUUCUACAUUUGGUUGGUAUCUUUCCUCUUCGUCUUGUCUCUCUAUUUCUCUCUCUAUUUAUCCCUCUCUUUCUCUUUUUCCACUAUGUCAGCAAAUGAGAAAAUUAAUCCUAACCGUUACGCUAUGCUUCUGUCACUGUUGGAUAAUUGUACUGUUAUCGAAAUGUUAUCAACCUAUCAUUUAACGCCCAAAUAUGUUACAGAGGCUCUCAUUACGAUCGGCUAUCGGCUAAUGCUUCCUAAUCUCUCUAAUCCUACAGCUAUAGUUAUGACACAAACAUUGUACAGACUGGUUUUUAACAUGAUUAUUAAAAUCGGAUUUAAAACUCAAACAUGCAGGGUGUCCCCUGCGUACCCGCACUUCGGAACAAUCUUUUUAAUUUGAUUCUUGCGCCAUUUGCGCCAGCUACCAUUUGCCAAAAUUUGUCGAGCAAAAUGACACUGCCAAACCGCGAAAUGCCGCUUGCAUGGAGCUAAUUACGUUCGCAAAUUAAGCCUCUGUAUCUGCCUCGACUAAGUGGGCAAUUGAACUGAUUUGUGCGAUAAUUAUCUCCCUCCGUGCAUUGGAAACCGGCACUCGGUUAGUUAUGUUGGCAUCCGUACGGCAUGGGCUUUGUUACAAAUACACGUGUAAAAACAAAA